AUGGACGAAACCGAAGAGUGGAAUCCGAAGGGUCACGCUACUGACGACAAGAUCUAUUGCGAUGCUCCUGAGGCGAGGGCGAGGCUCAAGGUAGCUGUUGAGAGAGCUUUAUCCAAGACCCAAUAUCCCAAUCUUCAUUUUAAUGUUCCACUACAAACCCAUAACAUUCCUACCAGGAUAUUGAUGGGGAAUGUGCCUUACACAUCAAUUGCGGUAUUCAACACCGUUUGUGAAAUAAAUAACGUGGGGGCGGACAUACGGCCUGAAUUGAUACCUCAUCCUGAGUAUCCUUACGGCCACUUCACAUUGAAUAAGGACAACGUUGGGACAAUACUACAAACAACAGUGUUUUUCAAUGGCCCACUCAGUGGGCAUGUUCAAGGUGGUCGCCGAGAAGUUCCGGUGCCUUUUCGCCUGGUCUAUCCCGAUUUAACAGUCGCCAAAUUGCUUGAGGACACGGACAAAAGAGUAUUUAAAUUGAUGAUAUCAGAAGGAACGCUUCCGGCUAUGUUGUGGAUGCUUUCCGAAAUGGGCUAUUUUCCAACCGCCGAUAACCCACAAGGAAUACCUUUUACAACCGAGGAACAGCGGCUUCAGGCCAUCGAUGAGUUUCUGAAGAGACACGAAUGGCUAGUAUUUUGGUGGUGUUGCCGGGUCAUCGGUCAAACAGUAAACCUACAGUAG